AUGGCGUGUGAGUUUAAUGUCCCUGAAGAAUGGAAAGACGAGGCGAGGAUGCAUUUUCUCGUCUCUGAUUUCUCUCCAAGUCAUGAGCCUACCCUCUCAGAUGAUAGAGUGAAGUUCUGGCGAGCUCUCAUUCGUUCCAGCAGUCAAGAGCUUCACAAGUGGACAUUCACCAAGAGAGAGCUCUCGCAAAGACUAGCAUGGCAUCAGUUUGAGCCAAAAUGUCUACCAAGACUUCUAGACGUACUGGAAAGAGCAGGAGAGAUAAGGAAAUUGGAUAGUUAUCGUUUUGAUGAGAUGGGAUGGACCGAAUGGAGUUUGAGAUUAAUGUCAACACCAGUGACAUGGGCAUGGAAAAUGGCGUGGCAAAAAUCUCCCGAUCAGUCAUCUCAAGAUGUAGUCUAUGUAUUAGUGCCGGCCGUAAAGUUUAAAGACCUCCUUAGAAACGUAACCAGUGCAGGAGUAAGUGAUAGGUGCUUGCAUGCUUUAGAGUUGCAACUUCUCGAGGGACAGAAGAUCAAAAGAGGUCACAUGUCAGCAGAUACAGAUGAGGUCAUAGUAAAAUUUGCUACCAGUCCAAGUGGUAAGGCAACACCAGUGAGUGAAAUUGACAUUGGAAUACUUAGUAUAAUGAGAACAAUUACUGGGAUGCAAAAGAAAAUAGACAAUGGAAAUGAAGAAAUACAAAAAUUAAAAGGCCCUUGUUCUCAUGAGAAGAAUGACAGUUAUUUCAAGAAAUCUCAGUUUGGAGGUCUAGAAAUUGAUGAAGACGAUUUGUUAAGAGAACUAGAAGAGCUUGAUGAUGUAGAGAAAGUAACCGAAAAAAUGAGAUCUUUUAAAAUUGAAGAAUGCAAACCAGUAACUCCACAAAAAGUGGUACACAAUCAAGCAGAUGAAGAGAAGAAGCCUAAGGAAAAACUGCCUAAAGCAAAACCGAUGUUAUUGACAUAA